GAUUGUGCGGCACUUAUCACUGUAUUUACGGUAAUAUCAGCAACAACAUGGAAGCUGCGCUAACAGCGUGGAUUUCUUUAAUGUUUUAGACGUGCUAUAUAAUGUAAGGUGACCAGACGUGCCUGUUCCCGGGGACACCGCCUGCACAGGAUUUCAACUGCUUCUUCCGGAGGUCUGUUCCUCGAUACCACACAGUGAUGUUCAGUGAAGCGGUUCACAAACAAAUACAGAAAUAAUUCAUAUAAUACUACAAGUAAAGGGGCCACUGAAAGUGAUGAACUACUGAAUGAAGUUGAGGAGAAACGUCAGUGUCAGAAACCUCGGAAUCUUAUAAAGCUAGAAAUGUCUUCUGGUUGUUUUCAGAAGAACAAGAUUUCUUUUUCAAAAAGAAAGCAAAGAACUGAAGCAGGCAAGUAUUUCACCUGUCCUCAGUGUGGAAAGAGUUUCAAGCACAAAUGUCAUCUUAAAGAGCACGUGAGAAUUCACACUGGAGAGCGUAGAUACACAUGUCCUCAGUGUGGAAGGGGUUUUGGACAGAAAUCAAAUCUUGAGGCACAUAUGAGAAUUCAUACUGGAGAGCGCCCAUACGCAUGCCUUCAGUGUGGAAUGAAUUUCACACAGAAAAGUCAUCGUAAGGUGCACAUGAAAAUUCACACCGAAGAGCGUCAAUACGCAUGUCCUGAGUGUGGAAAGAGUUUCAAACGCAAAUAUCAUCUUGAUAUGCACAUGAGAAUUCACUCUGAAGAGCGCCUGUACGCAUGUCUUGAGUGUGAAAAGAGUUUCAAACGCAAAUCAACGCUUGAAGAGCACAUGAGAAUUCACACCGGAGAGCGCCCGUAUGUUUGUCCCCAGUGUGGAAGGAGUUUCGGACUGAAAUCAAAUUUCGAGGCACAUAUGAGAAUUCACACUGGAGAGCGCCCAUACGCAUGUCUUCAGUGUGGAAAGAGUUUCACACAGAAAUGUCACCUUAAGGUGCACAUGAAAAUUCACACUGAAGAGCGUCAAUACACAUGUCCUAAGUGUGGAAAGAGUUUCAUACAGAAAUCAAAUUUUGAGGCACAUACGAGAAUUCACACUGGAGAGCGCCCAUACGCAUGUCCUCGGUGUGGAAAGAGCUUCAAACGCAAAUAUUAUCAUGAGAUGCACGUAAGAAAUCACACCGAAGAGCGCCCAUACCAGGGAUCUCCAACCCCACUCAUGGAGAGCGACCGUCCUGCAGACUGCAGCGCCAACUCUGUUUCUACACACCUGUUUGUAAUUAUCAAGCAACCUUCAACACUUUAGCUGUGUCUGAAUUUGCCCCCUAUCUCCUAUAUAGUGCACUAUAUAGGCUGUCCGCCAUUUUGUAGUGUUGUCCUAAUUCUAAAUAAACAACUCAUUCAAACAUACAUUUGUUCAAUACUUUUUACCCACAAUGCAUUCUGAUAUUAAGUGUACAUCCGAUGUUCUCUUUAUUAAAAACUAAUACAAUAAACGUGACAAAUAAUGUAAAAAUGACUGACAAUUUUAGCGCUGAAAGCUCCACACGUGCAUUACACACAA